UUUCGAGGAUCCAAUAUUGUCCGGACUAGCUCAUAAUAAAGCGUGUCAUUAUAGCACUGCCUGUCUGUCUGGAAAGUGCAUCGCAGCAUCAUUCGCAUUAUCAGUCUGCAAGCUGCGACCUCCGCUCCGCAUCCCCCGGCAAACUAAAGGCUGACCUGGUUUUCUGCUCUGGCGUCUCGCUUCAUCAACGUAUCAGAGCAUCAUCUCCCUUCCGCGAGUGAUGUCGGACUGUAGGCGACAGUGGAACCGGGAGGAUGAGCUCCCUGUGUACCUGGCUAAACCCUCGACUGGACACAACAAGCAUCGCAAGUCUCACGGGAUGUUCAGCUCCGUCGAGGGCGCGUAUGAUAGCAAGACUAUCGAUUUCGACCAGUACGCCGUCGGGAGGAAGGGGAACAGGAGCUCGCGGAGCAGUAGCAGGGAACGCAUCGUGGAUGGGGAUUUUGAAGCCUAUGAGAUCAGCGGGGGGUCUAUCCUCGGUUCCCGGGGCGAGAGGGACGACGGGCGUCCGGGUGCCGAAAUCACGGAUCAGGCUGGAAAGGAAUGUCAUAAUGAUGAGCAAAACAACGGGAAGAGCGAGCGGCUGCUGGUUAAAGGUGGAAGAGUGGUUAAUGAUGAUCAGUCCCUAUAUGCUGACAUUUAUGUUGAAGAUGGACUUAUUAAACAGGUUGGGGAGAACCUGAUUGUGCCGGGGGGUGUGAAGGUGAUCGAGGCUAAUGGGUGUUUGGUGAUCCCUGGAGGUAUUGAUGUGAACACCUGCCUGCAUAAGCCUUACCUGGGCUCUCCACCUGUGGAUGACUUCUAUCAGGGCACCAAAGCAGCUCUGGCAGGUGGCACCACCAUGAUCAUUGACCAUGUGACUCCACAGCCCGGCGACAGUCUACUGGAGGCCUUUGAGAAGUGGCAGGAAGCGGCUGAUAAGAAGUCCUGCUGUGAUUAUUCACUUCAUGUGGAUAUCCCACAUUGGCAUGAAGGUGUGAAGGAGGAGCUGGAACAGCUGGUACAGGACAAAGGAAUCAACUCUUUCCAAGUGUACAUGGCUUACAAAGGGUUUUUCCAAAUGUCUGACUCCCAGUUGUAUGAAUCCUUCUCAUUCCUUAAGGAGCUGGGGGCAGUGGUGCUGGUGCACGCAGAGAAUGGAGACCUGAUAGCACAGGAACAAAGCAAAAUCUUGGGAAUGGGCAUCACUGGUCCAGAGGGCCACCCACUGAGCCGUCCAGAGGAGCUGGAGGCGGAGGCUGUUUUCCGCGCCAUCACCCUUGGCAACCGAGUGAACUGCCCUGUCUACAUCACCAAAGUGAUGAGUAAGAGUGCAGCUGAGACUGUGGCCAAUGCACGGAAGAAAGGCUCUGUUGUUUUUGGUGAGCCAAUCACAGCCAGCUUGGCAACUGACGGAUCACACUAUUGGAGCAAAAACUGGGCAAAAGCGGCAGCCUAUGUGACCUCUCCUCCCCUCAGCCCUGACCAGACUACACCUGACCACCUUAACUCUCUGCUGUCCUGUGGGGAUCUGCAGGUUGUGGGCAGUGGACAUUGUGCUUACAGCACCUCUCAAAAGGCCAUAGGGAAGGACAACUUUACCCUUAUACCUGAGGGGACAAAUGGAGUGGAAGAGAGAAUGGGUUUUGUUUGGGACAAAUCUGUGGCCAUGGGGAAGAUGGAUGAAAACCAGUUUGUUGCAGUUACAAGCACUAAUGCAGCCAAAAUCUUCAACCUGUACCCCCGGAAGGGGCGGAUAGCAGUGGGUUCAGAUGCUGACAUUGUUAUCUGGGACCCCGCCAAGAUCAAGACCAUCACAGCUAAAGCGCAGCAGUCGGCUCUUGAUUAUAAUAUUUUUGAGGGGAUGGAGUGUCAUGGUGGUCCGGUGUAUGUGGUCAGUCAGGGCAGGAUUGUGUUUGAGGAAGGGAAGCUUCAGGUUCAGCAGGGGACUGGACGCUUUAUCUCCCGCAAGCCUUUCCCUGAUAUUGCCUACCAGCGCAUUCAGUACCGCAACAAGAUGAUGACCAACCAGGGAGUUUCUCGUGGGAUGUAUGAUGGUCCAGUAUAUGAUGUCCCAGCAACACCAAAAUACAUAACCCCAUCACCCUCUGCCAAGACCUCACCCACUACACACCAGCCUCCACCAAUCAGAAACUUGCAUCAGUCAAACUUCAGCCUAUCAGGGGCUCAAACCGAUGACAACAUUCCUAGGCGCUCCGGCCACCGCAUUGUAGCUCCCCCUGGUGGUCGUUCCAACAUCACUAACCUUGGUUGAGCCUUCAGCAGUGUGUGUGCGUGUGUGUGUGUGUGUGUGUGUGUGUGUGUGUGUGUGUGUGUGU